AUGCUCCGUUCCUUCACUGGCAGGCGGCUCUCUGCCGCACGGUCCGUAGCGGAUCGUCUAUUUCGACCAUUAGCUGCGGCCUCCGCGGCAGCAGAUGGAGGUGCCGUGCCGCUCAGCCAGUCCGGCGCCACUCCCGUUGGCCAGAUCCCUGCGGCUUUCUCUUUGGGAACGGUCCGAGCGAUUUACGGGAGCACUGUGGCGCCAACGGUGUACGACGUGGGGCACUCGACGAACAUCAAGUGGCACGAGGCGAAAGUCAACAAGGACGAGAGGCAGCGCCUUCUAGGGCAGCGCGGGUGCGUGAUUUGGAUGACAGGGCUGAGCGGCUCGGGCAAGAGCACUCUGGCGUACACGCUGGAGCACGCGCUGAUGGAGCGAGGGAGAAUCACCGUGGUGCUGGACGGCGAUAACGUGCGACAUGGGCUCAACAAGAACCUCGGCUUCAGCGCGGCGGAUCGUGAGGAGAACAUCCGCCGAGUUGGCGAGGUGUCUAAGCUUUUUGCCGAUGCCGGUAUUAUCACCAUCGUCAGCUUCAUUUCGCCUUACGCUAAGGACCGACAGGCGGCGCGGGCACUGGUGGAGGGAGGCGAGUUUAUCGAGGUGUAUAUGAAGAUCCCGCUCUCGGUGUGCGAGGAGCGCGACCCCAAGGGGCUCUACAAGAAGGCUCGAUCGGGCCAGCUCAAGGGCUUCACUGGCAUUGAUGACCCUUAUGAAGAGCCUGAAGCACCCGAAGUGGUUAUUGAGGUGGCUAAGGAAGAUGGGGUGCUGCAGCCACCAGAGAAGAUGGCUGCUGUCCUCAUUGAGUGCUUGGACAAGAAGGGCAUUCUCUCUGGUCCUAAAUGA